UGAGUGAGCGCAUAUGCAGCGGCUCCCCGUCAUCAUAACGGCUAUACUGCUACACAGACACACAAGAUCCGCUGAGGUUCCUCGUGAUAUUCAGCAUCACUGGUGUGGUCGGAAUGGAGAUGCAGAAUAAUCGACUAAAAUAAGGAAAAGUCCUCGCAAAGAUCAAGAUGGUGUCGUGGAUCAUUUCGCGGAUGGUGGUCCUAGCCUUUGGGACCCUCUACCCUGCCUAUUCCUCUUAUAAGGCUGUGAAGACGAAAAACGUCAAGGAGUAUGUGAAAUGGAUGAUGUACUGGAUAGUGUUUGCGAUAUUUACGACAGCAGAGACGAUCACAGAUAUGCUUCUCUCUUGGUUUCCAUUUUAUUUUGAGCUUAAGAUCGCCUUUGUUGUCUGGCUGUUGUCCCCGUACACCAAGGGCUCCAGUGUGCUGUACCGCAAGUUUGUGCACCCCACUCUCUCCAAUAAAGAAAAGGAAAUUGAUGAGUACAUAACCCAGGCUAAAGACCGCAGUUAUGAGACCAUGAUGCGGUUUGGGAAGAGAGGGCUCAACAUUGCAGCUACUGCAGCCGUCACAGCUGCCACAAAGGGUCAGGGUGUGUUAUCAGAGAAGCUGCGUAGCUUCAGCAUGCAGGAUCUGACUCUGAUUCAGAACGAAGUCGCACUGCACCUGGACGGCACAGACGACACGCACACCGCAUCCACGCUACCUCGUGCUAAAACAGUCACACGCACAGUUCGUGCCACACCCAUCCCAGCUGACGCUGAAUCACAGCACAGCUCUCGCUCUGAUGAUCAGUCAGAUAGCAGGACUGAGCAUUCAGAUGAAGAUGUAGCUGAUAAGGCCCCCAAACGCACCCCGAGCAUCAGAGCAGCCAAGAAACCAGCUGCUGCCAAGACAGAGCCGACCACCAAGACAGUGAAGAAACCGCCAAAGAAGAAAGCCACACCCACGGCCAACAACAAUGCCGAAUCACCAUGAGUCACAGAGUUCAUCCAUCCCUGGACAACACACGAACACCACAUGCUUCCUCAUACUAACAACCAAAUAUUAGUGCUCUUCACCAUAGAUACGUACUGACACCCGCAGAUGCACACACAAACAUCGCCUGAGGCUGUUUUUAUCUAGUAGGUUUAAUGCGUGAGUAUGUUUAGACAUCAGGCUUCAUGCGUUUUCCAUUUUCCACGUUAUCACUCCUGUGCGUGUGCUAAGUAAGGCUGGGUCUUGUCUUAUUCUCUGUAGGCCUUAUUAUUAGAGAGCAGCUUUGUAAAGCAUGAGGCCAGGAAGCAGCGCCUGCAUAUGAUCAUUCAUCAACACUUCUGUCUCUUAUAACCGCAGAUUCCAUACCAGAACUCCAUGUUUUCCAUAAUAGAGGCCGGUUCGCCGUUUUUUUUUUUUUUUUUUAGCAUGUAGGACACGCGCUAUGGGACGAACAAGAAUUGAGAACAGAAAAAUUGGGCUAUUAAAUGAAUAGCAACAGACUUGAUUUACUUGCAUCCGUAGAGAGUUGCGGAGGCGCCCAGAGCAGUUCUGUUCUUAUUCCGGGUCACCGAACAUCCAGAGUUUUGUUGUGAAUAUUCAUGAUCAAAGAGGUCAGAUGUCUACUGGAAGCUGCAGGCUCUCAAACGCUCUUGCCAUUAAUAGUGCUUUUGUCAGCUGGGGCUGGAGGCGUUCAGCUCGCAUAAGCAGACCCUUGUGCUAAUUUUACACUCGCAUAGCGUGAUGUUACGCAUUUUGAAAGUAUUGUAAGACAUUUAUAUUAUCUGGUAGAUCAGAUUGCAGGUGUCAUCUGGUAGGGAGCAAGAUGAAAACGAUCACAUGUUGGCCACAGAAAAGAGCAACAUCCCUCUGUCUUGAGUAAUCUGCCUUUCAAUGCUGGUAUUUUUGUUGUUGUGGCUUGCUUGGGAAACUCAUACUCCAUAUCAGUUUGUAAUAAUGUACUGAGCAGAUUCGGUCGGCGCAGCACAAAAUAUGGUAUCACCUGAGAGUUGGCAAAUGGUUCAAUGUGGUCGUUGUUGAAAAUCAUAGGUGCUUUUAUAAAUUAUGCUGGCGUAAAAACCCUCUGGUCCAUUUUUAAAGACAUCUAUUAAUUUGUUUUUGUUUGUUUUUUGUAUUGGACCCUGUGAACCAUAUUCAUUUGAAAUUGCAUGUAGCCCUAAAUCCAAAUGUGGGCAGUUGUGUUUCCCAGCACAGCUGUUCAGAACUGAAGGAUUUAGUGUUUGUUACUGAUCUCGAGUUCAAUUGCGGUGUUGCAAAGAAAUUACAACUUGCAAUCCUACUUAGAGCUGGUAGGGGGCGCUGCUGUACAGGAAAAGAGCACAGUGCUCUGCCUGUCAGAUUGAAUGAUUACACAUGGAUGGGGAAUGGUUUAAAUCAUUCGGUUAUUUUAGCUGAAAUUUAUUUGAAAAUGUUCAUUUGUAUAAAACUAUUGACUGUACAAAAUUUCUGCCUUACUGUGAUAGGCUUUUUAAGUUAUUUUUUCUUUCUUUAAGUUGUCACUUUUGUAGGGUAGGAUGUACAGAAUCAUUUCUUGUAAAAAAAGUGCUAUUUGUUUUGUGCAUGGGUGUGGUGUUUUAAUUUAGUGUUUUCUCUCUGCCUUAUUUUGUAGAGAAAUGAAACAUGGGGGAAGUUGCGUUUGAGAACAACUAAUGAUCGUUUUACAGUUCAUUUUAACAGUGCAAAACAUGCAUCAGUCUUGAGUUAGACACUCAAACAUGAAGUUAAUAGCAGAUAGAUGUUUCUGUAGAAACACGGUUCAGAAAUAACAUACGAUAAUGCAUCUGUUGUCAUGACACAUUGCUGUCUUAACUAUCAUCAUGAUCUUUAAUUCAGUGUUGCUGAUUGGCAACUUGACAUUUUCUGUCUCAGUCUCUUGAGUAAUUCGGUUUUUAAAAAAGAAACAAAAGUGUUUUUUUUCUUUUUAAUUAAAUUCUAUGUGUGGUUGGUUCUCACCAGCCCACACAAAAAUGACAAGUCAGUCGCACUCUUUUCUUUGUUCCUGUUUUUCGCCCCCCCACCCCACCCUUUUGUUCAGUAUUUCUUAUUUGCAUAAUCAAAAAUGACAAUAACUUGUUUUUAAUUCACCGAUGUCUGCACUGAGCGAGAUGUGACAAAUUAAACGCAUUCAGUUUUUCUUUUAUAUUUUCUCUAGUGUGUUGGAAAUUGGUGUUAUUGCAUAGAUUUGAACUGUGAGAGGAUAGUCAACAUUAAUAUAUUGUUUGUGCCAAUUCUCAAUGCUCUUAAUAUAUUAAAAGAAUGAAAAGAAAGAGAUUGCUGCUAAGUGUGUACUAACUGACCUUGAAUUAUUAUUCAAUAAAAAUGCAAUUACAUCCCUAA